AUGUACACGCCAUCUUGGACCGCGGCCUGCGCGCUUGCCCUCUCGACCUUGGCGUCUGCUCAAACACCACCAGGCUCAAGCCCAUCCGCCAGCCAAAAUCUGGCCGUCAGCUACAAUGGCACGCAGGUGACACCCAACGUUCUGCUGCCACAGCCAUUGGUCGCGACCCAGCCAUCAGUCACCUACAGCAGCGCCUUGAACGGCACGUACAUGCUGGCCCUACUAGACCUCAGCAUUUCGGCAUCUAGCUACAAUGCUUCCGGACCAAAAGCACCAGGCCUUGAGCCCUGCCGUACUACUCGUCUCCACUGGUUGCAGGGCAACGUCACCCGCGCGAGCAAUGGCAGUCUAGUAGCUGGCUCUGCGCCAAUCGCUAUGUAUGCCGGUCCCAUGCCACCACUUAACGACAUUCCGCACACCUACACUUUCUACCUCCUCCGUCAACCCGCCAACUUCACCCUCCCAGCUUGGGAUGCUGGCCGCGACCUUCUCAACGCCUCCGCCUCGGCACGCAUGAAUUUCUCUAUCCAGGCCAUCGCUAACCAGGUUGGUGCACCUGUUGCUGCAAACUACAUGCGCGUACAGAAUGCGAAGAACAAUGCGACCGGCACCGCAAGCAAUGGUACUUGCCCUUCUAAUAGUACGACUGGGAACGCUGGCACUCCCGCACCAUAUACAGGCGUUGCGGCGACAAUGGGCGCCAAUGCUGCGUUGGUGCUGGUCGCUGUGCUGGCCUUUGCUCUGUUGUAA